GUUCUCAAUGCCCAUGUCAAACAGAGGGACUACUGGACAGUGGUGAGGGACUCUGCUGCGGUUGUUCAGCAGCUGAAUACAACUGCCCUAGUGGUGGCCAUGUCUGUGCACCUCUACAGGAGGACAGUCGGCGUUGAGACGAUGAUGGCAGUUUGCGCAGCUGUCCUCCUUGCAGGUUCCUUGCUGUGCUGCACCGUUGGGGGCCAUAUUCUUGGUGGGACAGUGGCACGUGGCUUCCGGCAAUGUUUCUUGCUGACAGCUGGAACCAGACCCGACCUGCUGAUGCGCAUCAUGGAGACUACCACUAGAUAA